GAGAGAGAGGGAACAUCAGAGACAGUUAGUAAGGGCUUGAGGUAAGGAUGCACCGAGGCAUAACAGCCCCCAGAAGACACGUCAUUAAGGAACUACACACAUGCUUUGCUUCUUGGUGGCACAGGCUGUAAGCCACAGUGACCUACUCAUCUAGUCAAAGGAUUUUAAAGCAAGCAAAGAAGCCAGCACAAAUGAAUGAGGAAUCUACUCUAAUAGAGAUGACAGGCCAGUUCACUCUUACCGGUUACGAAGACCUUCUUGCCUAAGAGUACAAGACCAUCAGAGCAUCAUGACCCAGAUCUUCUCCUUGCCGCAAGGGUCCCCCUCAUCCCACCUUCAGUAGGUCUUAGAAGUAUCUGCCGUCAUCAGCCUUGAAAGUUCCCAAAUUUCCAACCAUUUUGUGUCAUACAGCGCAUCUAAAAGUGUGCAAGUAAGUCAGUAGGGACCUGGGACGGGAGGGGACUGUCAAUUGGAGGAGAGAGAUGUGGACGCAGGAGCGGUGGGCGGCACUAGCAGUGUUGUCAAUAAUCUUGCUGCUUUCAAAGGUGGUGGCUCCAAUCGAAGUACCACUGGACCCGAAGAUCCAGCAAGAGCUCAAACAGCCCCCCACCAUUGUGAAGCAGUCGCUAAAGGACUACAUUGUGGACCCCAGAGAUAACAUCAUCAUUGAAUGCGAGGCCAAGGGGACUCCAGUGCCAACGUUUCAGUGGCGGAGGAAUGGGAAGUUUUUUAACGUGGGGAAGGACCCACGGGUCACCAUGCGGAGUCGUUCUGGAACACUGGAGAUCAGAAGCAGCGGGAAACCGGAAGAUUAUGAAGGAGAGUACCAGUGCUUCGCCUCCAAUGACUUUGGCACAGCGAUUUCCAACAAAAUCCUACUACGAGUGUCAAAGUCUCCGCUGUGGCCGAAGGAGGUUCUGGAGCCGGUGGUUGUGCGUGAGGGGGAAUCACUCGUCCUGCCCUGCAACCCUCCUCCUGGUCUCCCCCCUCCUGAAACCUUCUGGAUGGACAGCUCCAUUAUGCCCAUAAUGCAGGACAAGAGGGUGUCAAUGGGCUUGAACGGUGACUUGUUCUUCUCCAAUGUUCUGGCUAGAGAUGCCAACACUGACUACAGCUGCAACGCUCGCUUCGAGUUCACACACACUAUUCAACAGAAGAACCCAUAUACCCUUAAAGUGCAAACAAAGGAACCAUAUAAUGACACAUUUCUCAACUCCACUGAUACGUAUGGUGCACGUAAUGUACCAGAAACCCAGCCUACCUUUCUGUCUCCAAGGGGCUUGUCCAGCUCCAAGAUAGUGCUUCGAGGGGAACAGCUUCUUCUGGAGUGUAUAGCAGCUGGAGUCCCUUCUCCUAACAUUAAUUGGAUUAAAAAAGGAGCAGACCUCCCAUCCAAAAAAGUCAAGAUCGAGAACUUUGGUAAAACUCUACGCCUCUUCAAUGUGUCCGAGGAAGACUCCGGUGACUAUGUCUGCAUGGCCAGCAACAAAAUUGGCAGCAUUCGCCAUUCGGUUGAAGUCCAAGUCAAAGCUGCUCCGUAUUGGCUAGAUAAGCCCACCAAUCUGGUGCUUGCCCCCGAUGAGAAUGGUCGAUUAGUGUGUCGAGCCAGAGGCAACCCCAAACCCACUAUCCAGUGGCUGGUGAAUGGGGAACCUAUUGAAAGUUCACUAGCGAACCCAAACCGGCAAGUUCUUGGCGACACCAUCCUGUUCCAUUCUGUCCAGAUUGGCAGCAGCUCAGUUUACCAAUGCAACGCAUCCAAUGAACAUGGUUAUUUACUGGCCAAUGCGUUCGUCAACAUCCUUGACAUGGCACCACGCAUGCUAGGUCCAAAGAACCAGCUGAUCAAAGUCAUUGAAAACAACAGGACCUUCCUUGACUGUCCUUUCUUUGGCUCACCGUUUCCUUUACUGCGCUGGUUUAAGAAUGGUCUAGGCAGUGGUCUGGAUGGUGGUCAGUACAAGUUGUACAACAAUGGUACUUUGGAGAUUAAACAAGCCCGACCAGAAGACCAAGGCACCUACACUUGUGUUGCCAGUAACAUUCUGGGCAAGAUGGAGAAUCAAGUGCGCCUGGAGGUUAAAGAGCCCACAAGAGUGGUGCGGGCACCUGAGCAUGUCACACAAUCCAAAGGAACCACAGUUCGCUUUGAUUGUCGAGUUAAACAUGAUUCUUCCCUUCCUGUUACGGUCACAUGGCUAAAAGAUGACAAGCCUCUAAGCUUUAGCUGGAGUGGCCGGAUAAGAAAGGAUGAUGAGACCUUGACUAUUUACAAUGUCAAUCCAGAAGAUGCAGGAACUUACACAUGCACUGCCAAAACUGAGAUAGAUGAGAACUCUGCCUCAGCUCGCCUUACAGUUACAGAGGAUGACAUCUCGUCUGCCUCAAAUCGUAGUGCCUCUGCAGGUCGACCAGACGCCCCUCAGGAUCUUGAGCUCUCUGACCCUUCAGCACGUAGUGUUAGACUCACCUGGGUGCCUGGAAAUGAAAACAACAGUCCUGUUACGCAUUUCCUUGUCCAGUUUGAAGAGGACAGGUGGGAGCCAGGGAAGUGGCAGAACCUGUCUAUAUUUGAUGGCAACCUAAACUCAGUUAACCUGCAACUGUCACCCUUUGUCAACUACCAGUUCAGAGUGAUUGCAAUCAAUGCUGUGGGCCAGAGUCAACCCAGCCUCCCCUCUGCACGCUAUCAGACCAGCGGAGCCUCUCCUGAUGUUGUGCCGAGUGGUCUUAAAGGCUGGGGAAGCAAGAAGAACAACAUGGAGAUCAUGUGGCAGGCACUUAAGAAUACAGAAAGAAAUGGGCCAAACCUGCGAUACAUGAUCUCGUGGAGAAGGAAGGACACUGAGGAAGAGUGGAAUAACAUAACUACAACCAGAACAAAGCACAUUAUUCAUAAUACAGACACCUAUGUCCCGUACGAGAUCAAAAUAAAGGCCAUCAAUGACUUUGGACACAGUCCUGAGUCAAACAUAGUCAUUGGUUAUUCUGGGGAAGACAAACCAUCUGCUGCACCAUCAGAACUCAGGGUUUCGAAGAUCAACAGCACAAAAGUAAAUGUACACUGGGUGCCUGUGGACCCCAGCACUGUGAAUGGAGAGUUUAAAGAGUACAAGUUGUACUACUGGCGGGAGGCCAGCCUCAUUAAGGGCUUGAAAGUGAACAAGACAAAGUUGCAUAAAGGCUUCUUCACCAUGGCAGAACAGCCCUCUGGCAUCCUGACAGAGCUUUCUCCGUAUAGCAAAUAUAAGAUGUACAUGGUUGUGGCUAACAGAGAAUAUGAGGGACCACAAAGCAACACUGUGGAGUUCUACACCAAGGAGGGAGAACCCGGGGCUCCAAAGUACUUUAGGAUUCUGAGGCACACAGACGUCGUUCACUUGAAAUGGGACAAGCCCCUAGAGCCAAACGGUGUCCUGAUUGGAUACACACUUCAAUACCACACAGUGAACGGGACAUUAACAGGAGAGAGGAAGGCCCAGAGUUUUCCACCCAACGUGACAGAGUACACCAUGAAUCUGCCUAACCGCUUCACACGGUUCAAGUUCUACCUUGCAGCUCGAACACAGGUCGGAGCAGGAGAAGUGUACGCCGUGGAGUCGCCACAUUUCUCAAACGAAGGCACCCCAGAUACUGACUCUACAGUUGUAGCCGUUAACUUUACGGAUGUCUUGAUGUUCGAAACUCCUCCUCCUCCCCCUCCCCUCUCCACUGACCCAAUCCCAACAAUACUUACCCCAGAACCAGCCACACCAGCCCCUACAACUGCUGCUCCGCCCAAACCUACUACUACUACCACUACUACUACUACAACUACCACAACUACUACAACUACCACCACCACUUCUACAACAGCUUCCACCACGGUUCUUCCUGUUCGGCCCUUGUCUCCUAAAACAGUGGAUUGGAAAAUGCUGGCCCCGAAUGUAAAGAUCUGGAAUCUGACCGUGGAUGCUAACAAUGACUAUGCUAACGUCAGCUGGAAGCACAACUUCUCCGUUGACAGCAGCGAGUUUGUGCUAGAGUUCACACUGGACAGUAAUGGGUCGAUGAAAAGCAUACAAGUAAACCACCAGCCUCCCAUUAAGCUGGCUGGGCUGGUGGCCGGGGCCAAGUAUCGGUUGCGGGUGUAUUCCCAUGAGCACAACUCCAUCAGCAGCGACUAUGUCACGUUCGAGACAGGCAGAGCCUACAAGGAGCAGGAAGACAUUGCUACUCAGGGCUGGUUCAUUGGGCUGAUGUGUGCCGUUGCUCUAUUGGUUCUCAUCCUGCUCAUUGUUUGUUUCAUCAAGAGGAGUCGUGGGGGGAAAUAUCCAGUGAGAGAAAAGAAAGACCUGCCCUUAGAUGCUGUUGACCAUAAAGACCAAGACGGUUCAUUUGACUAUCAGAACGAGAACAGGUCUCUUGAAAGGGAAAGUAGCGACGAAGACAACAAGCCAUUGCAGGGCAGCCAAACAUCCCUAGACGGGAACGUGAAAGAGAGCGACGACAGUCUGGUGGAUUACGGUGAAGGAGGAGACGGCCAGUUCAACGAGGACGGCUCUUUCAUAGGCCAGUACACAGUUAAGAAGGACAAAGAGGAGACGGAAGGAAACGAGAGCUCAGAAGCCACGUCGCCCGUCAAUGCCAUCUACUCUCUGGCAUAGCACCCUGACCUGAGCACGGCGCCCCCAGCGGGCCGGAGGGUGCCGCUACACACGUAAAAAUACAUAUAUAUACAGAGAGAAUUACAAGUAUUCACAUCGCACUGGAGUGCAUGAUCCUUCUAAACAAGGGAUGGGGAAAGGCAGGUGAGCCAAAAAACGGUGUUCAGAAACCUUUCUUUAAGGCGUCCCCAUGCCCCACACAGACUUUAGUGUGCCUUUAGGGCGACGGGGUGGACUUUUGAGCUUUUCAUGUGGCUUACGCUCUUCUUUUUUUAUUUUGUAAAUCUAAAUCUGCCCCUUCCUCCUCCUCCUAACUUUAGCUAGCAUCAAAGAAACGGAGAUACAAGCACCAGACCUGUGACAUAUCAACAGUGGGUCGACUCAACUGCAGAACGUCGGCAAAUACGUUUAUCAUAUUGAUAUUUCUGCAGUGAACGAUCCUUUUUUUUUUUCCACCGCAAAUAGAUGCAUCCAAAAACACAAAUUCUCUAGACAGUGCUGGCACGGUUUGAUGUGCUUUAUAAAACUAUGCACUAUGUAUUACCAUUAUCGCGCUUUUGGGUUAAAAUUGGACGUUAGAAUUUCAUGUUUUCUUUUCAUGUUGAAUUUCGGAGCGGAAAAAAUAACAUCCAGUCCUGGCUGUGUUCAGCACACGACCAGGAUUGGUAUCAUGCUUUCAUUUGCCAUUGCUCUGUUAAUAUAUUUGUACUGGCUGCAACUAUAAAACGCCACCAAUAUUUAUCGGCCGAGAUUAGAUGGCAUCACUUGUAAAUGAAGAAAAAAAGACAAUAUUUUGAAGCAUGGUAGUAUUUUAGCGCAAAAGGACAAUGGAAAGGUUGUAAUAUGAAGAGUUAAAUACGCAAUGAUAUAUUCCUUUUUUUUUUUUUAUAAGACUUGAUUUAUAUAGUCCUCAAAAGAGAAUGAAGAUGAUGAAAUUACAUCACGUUUGUUUUUCUUUGUUUCUUUUUUUUUUUAAAUCAGCUUGGUGAAGAUUUCGGUGUCAGAAUAAGUUUCUUCAAGGAGUCUAAAAAAGUUUGGGGUGCAUCAAUACAUAAGUGGGUUAUCAUAUGAGGGUUUCUAGGCAUGAAUAACUCAACAUAAGACAUACCGAGUUGGUAAAGAGAAGUGUACAUAUCGUUUGGGGUUGAUCCAGUGAUGAUUCUCUUUGUCGGGAGAGCAGCUGAGACACUGCCCUGAAGACAUGCCACUGUAACUGUAGUGCCGCUCUCUAUCUGUGCUCUCAUACUACUACCAUUACUUUAUCUUCUGCACUGCUAUGGUUCAAAAGUCUGAGGAUCUUUUAAGUUUGCGCCUGGAAAAACAAAAUUAAAAUUUAUGAUUAAAAAAAAAAAAAUCCAAUCUAAAAUUUUAGAUAUUUAAUGAUAUCAAAGUUGAUAUAUAUAAAUGAUUUAUUUAUGCUUGUCAUUAUUAUUAUUAUUAUUCUUAUUUAAAUCAUUUGCCAUUUUGUAAUCCGCUCUCAAUAGACAAAAUCGCUUUCCUUUUGUUUAAGUAGCUAAACACAUUGGGGAAAAACACAAUCGCAGAUUCUGCUUCAUGCCAACUUUCGAAAAACAUCAGUCUCUGUAUGCUUUAAAAUCAUCCUGGCUUUACACAAACUUGUUGAGUUUAUGCCGUUUGAUUUCUGCUGUUUCAUUUCUCAAACUUUUUGACCUUUCUACAUAUUUAUCUUGAUUUUAUUUAUAAAAAAAUAAUAGGGACUAAUAUAUUAAUAAUUUAUUGACGACUACGCAACAGCUUUUGGGAGUCUGAGCUGUGAUGUCGAAAUCUUCUCUGUGUAAUGUAGAUGAAAACAUACUUCAGAGAUCAAGGACCAUGUUUGUGGCGAUGUAAAAUAGUGAAAAGUGAUGUCAACGUUAAAAGGAGUACGUCUUAUUUGUCAAUUGUGCUGCUCUUUUUAGUAUUAAUGUCGUAUCACUGCUAUUGUGUUAAUAUUUUAGAAUUUAUUUAAUGUCAUUUCUACAUAACAUGAAAUGAAAAUAUUGUGUAUUUAUUUUUCUCAAAUAAGGCCUCGAUCGUGGUGUAAAUAUACUUUUUUUUUUUUCCCCCUCUUCUUUUUUUUGAGCAGGUCUGCUGUGUUACAAUAAGGAAAAUAAUACAAAUUUGGUGCAUCCCAAAAUGUAAGACUCCGCACACAGGUUUGGGUUCGGGUUCAGUCAGUGAUCUUGGGUAAUUCGAACGAGACUUGUUUUUGUGUCCUGUCUGUUUUAAUCGCAACACAUUUCUUCACUCGCGUCCCAAUUUCACCCGGCUGACACCGUUACCGAUGAUGUAAAUAGCAAAUGCUGUAGAGCUGUACCAUUGUAGCAUUCUGCACUGAGGAUGAUACCUUUUUGUAAACAUUUGAAUUGUGUUAUGCAAGAGAAAAUGGUUCGUCUGUUCAUGUAUUACUCCACCACAGGCUCCCAUAAUUCCUUUCACCCGUGACACGGCCCAGCUGAUCAUGCUCUUUGAAAGGGCUGAAUAUCAGGUCAUAACUCGCGUUGUCGUAUACGAUGCCUUCGCAGUAAAGAAAUACGUGUUAAUGAAAUUCCUUGGAAUUAUCAGAUCUGCUUUCUCUCCAGUACCUCAAAGCAAUACUGUCCUCGUUUGCCUUUCGCUCUUCUGUUUUCUGCACAGUAGGCCUAGUCUACCAGCUUUUGUAGUGACUUACAUGCACAGACAACUCUUUAGAUCACACCUGAUGUUGUUGUAGCUUUGUGAGUCACACGGUUUAACAUCAAGGCAGUUCAGAGUCGGCUUGAAUCUAUUUCGUCCAGCCUUGCCUUGAACUUCUGCAGCCACUUUUACGGUCCUCAAAGAUCCCCUGUUCAUGAGUUGUUGUGGACUGGCGAUGUUCAAAAAUAUACAUACAAUUAUAUAUUUGUUGGUUUAUUGCUUAUUCUGUCUUUCUCCCAAUGUCAGAUCAUCUGUGUACUUAUUAACUGGUAACAUGCAUAGUUUAGUUACCAUAAUACAAAGAGUACAAUAAUUGCCACAACUGUUCUCAUGACACGUUUGAGUUUUACAAAACCAUACAUGUUGAUUAUUAUUAUCAUCCUUAUUGUAUUUUUAGCCAUUUGUGCAUCGGAGCAGCUUUUUAAAUUGCUGAUCAUGCUGGUUAACAGUGUUUCUUUUCUUUUUUUCUGUAAAUCUGGCCAAGUAAAUGGUCAAUCAUUAUUGUUCGACAUGUAUGCGUGUAUGACGAGAUGCUGCAACUUAAUCUGCUCGAGACGCCUUUCUUUAUAGUAAAGCUGUGUCAUUUUCUCAA